GGAGCACGUCGAUCCGCCUUGAUCGAUAGCUUGCCAAUACAGGCUUCGCCCGUGAUGCCUGGAUAUCGAAUGGGCAGACUACGCAUAUGUAUUUCGUGGUUGCUCUAAGUAUACAUAUAUGUAGCUCAAGCCGCUUCUUUGUUAGAAAUUAUUCACGAUACUUGCUACUUCGUAUUCAACUCACAGGUCAACUCACUCAAGAUGAAAUAUCUCAUACCCGGACUUCUUUCCCUCGCCAGCGCUGUCUCAGCUGAGGGGCAACUCUGGGGACAAUGCGGUGGCCAAGGCUUCACGGGACAGACGGCUUGUCCUUCGGGCUCUACUUGUCAAGUCUCGAAUCAAUGGUAUUCACAAUGCGUACCUGGAACCGACUCGGCGAACAGCGCAUCGAAAGUAACCGCCAGUCCCACCAACGCUGCUUCUCCCGCAGCAUCAGGCUUCGCAAAGACGGACGGUCUGCUCUUCAAUAUCGACGGCGAAACUAAGUACUACGCGGGCACAAACAGCUACUGGGUCAGCUUCCUGACCAAUAACGCCGACGUCGAUACGACGUUCGACCAGCUCAAGUCGGCAGGCCACAAAAUCCUGCGCGUCUGGGGCUUCAACGAUGUCACGUCUCAGCCAGGGUCCGGCACGGUCUACUUCCAAUACCUAUCGGCAAGAGGCUCGACUAUCAACACGGGAGCCAACGGCCUGCAGCGCCUCGACUACGUAGUCUCGGCCGCCGAGAAGCGCGGCAUCAAGUUGAUUAUUAACUUCGUUAACAACUGGGGCGACUAUGGUGGGAUGGCAGCUUACGUAACAGCCUUCGGCGGCUCCCAACAAACCUGGUACACCAACACCGCAGCACAGGACCAAUACCGCGCGUACAUCAAAGCGGUGGUAUCGCGAUACGCCAACUCCUCCACGGUAUUCGCCUGGGAACUAGCCAACGAGCCGCGCUGCAACGGCUGCGAGACCAGCGUGCUAACCAGCUGGGCGAAGUCGACCUCGGCCUACGUCAAGAGCCUCGACCCCAACCACAUGGUGACUCUCGGCGACGAGGGCUUCGGCCUCAGCGGCGACGGCAGCUAUCCCUACCAGUUCGGCGAGGGCCUCGACUUCGCUGCGAACCUGAAGAUCGACACGCUGGACUUCGCCACGUUCCAUUUAUACCCGAGCACCUGGGGCACGCAGAACGAGUGGGGGAACGCGUGGAUCGAGGCCCACGGCGCGGCUUGUGCGGCGGCGGGGAAGCCUUGCUUGUUUGAGGAAUAUGGAUCCACGACCGACCACUGCGGCGUCGAGGGCAAGUGGCAGAAUACCGCGCUCUCGACGAAGGGCCUGGCGGCAGACCUGUUCUGGCAGCUGGGGACCACGCUGAGCACAGGGCAGACGCACAAUGACGGAUACACUAUUUACACUGGUUCGUCGGAGUGGACUUGCCUGGUUACGAACCAUGUCGCCGCUAUUAAAUAGCUGCGUGGGAUAUUGUCAUUAGUAUUGGUUAAUUAGUUGGAGACUGUAAUAUAAAUACUGGUCGAUGCAAAGAGCUUGCCUUGCAGACGUGAAUAUUCUACAUACUUACCUAAAGAACCGUUAUGUUUCUGUGUAGUUAUUAA